AUGCCGUCGAAUAUGAUCGAUGUUGAUGAUUGUAAGGAUAAUACGAAAUGUGAUGAGUGGGCCAUGCGGGUGGAUGAGCAUGUGCGCGAUUUGGAACAUCGAAUUAACGCUUUUCAUCGGCGUUGUUCGGAUAUUUUUGACGACAUGUCGGUGUUGCGUUCAUCACUUGAUGUGGCACACGAUCGGAUUGAUGUUGUCCUCGACCGUGAUCUAAUUUGCCUGCGAUUAUCUCCAUUACUUACCUUGCCCAUGGAAAAUAUCGACCCAAGUGAUACUUAUUCAUCGAACUCAGGCAAGUAUAUUCCCUACGCGUUCGCACUACAAAUGUGUAGUCAUGGCAGUGAAGUAUCGUCUGGCGACAACUGCUAUCAUCGGUGUCGUCGAAAUCGCCACCGUCGUCGUCGUCGUGGAUAUCACCGAGAAAAAAGAGCCCUUCUUCAGCACCUUAUGCAAGAAUACACUCAAUGUCAAGAACAAAUCUAUGACAAUCAAUCUGAAAUCAACCAACUCAAAGAUCACAUCGAACGAUUAUGUGCAUUGCCUGGCAAAUUAUCUGAUGGCCUUCGUAACAUGAUGUCCGCGCUUUACCAACUACUUCUAUUUAUUAGAAUACUUCAACGAACGGAUUCGAUCAUGGAACAAAUCGUUGUUGCCAGUCCCAAUACAGAAAUUCAUUGUCAGCGUCACCACCGCCGUCGUCGGCGUUGUCCCUGUUGUCGCAGUUGUUCAACAUAUCAACGUCGAUCGAGGAACACCGUCUUUGUUCAAUCCAUUCUGGAACAAAACGCUCAGUGUCGCGAUCAUAUCUUUCAACAGCAUCAUGACAUUCGUCAGUUGAAAGAAUACGUUCGAAAAUUUCGUGAUAUGAUCGAGGCAGUCAAUGAUGCCCUCGACACUAUUGCCCAUAGCACCGUUGAUAUUCAACGUCAUCUACAAAAUAUGAACAACAAUGCAAAUUGCAAAAUGACAGAAUUUCUUCGUGCUCGCAAAGAUUACAUCGAUUUACGGCCUAUCCCAAUUGAUGGUCCUAAAAACUUCAGUUAUCGAUGGAAAAUGAUAGCCCUGUUGGAUUUCAAUGAGCACGGGCAGUAUAUACUUCCCUUUUCAAACAGAGUUAUCAAUAUUCCCAAGGUCCUGUGGCCGAGAAUUCUAAAACAGCCGCCGCCUCCAGGCCACGAGCUGUGUGGGUGCAUCGAUUGUGAAUAUAAAACUUGGCAUGAUCAUGUUCUACGAGACGAUGUUGAUGAUGAAGUAUCGACAUAUGGUAAUCUACAUCUAGAAGUUGCACACCGUUUGAAUUUCAGUGAAAAUAAUGCAGAUCAGUCGUGUGACUGCUACAGUGACAAUCCUAUGGAUGAGCAAUCUGAUGAUGGCAACCCGUUGGACGACUCUCAUGUACCGAAAUGGUCUCAACUUUCAUUAUCUCCAUUCCCAUGUGUUGACCCUUUCGACUCGUAUGAUCUCGAGUGCUAA